ACCGCCCACAAUUUCCUACAGGUGGUGCCCUCUCUGUUUUAUUUUUAGUCCGUAGCACGUGGACGGCAAGUGCAGAAGUCUUGUGUGUAUUUUAUAAUAACAUCAAUCUGUAAAGAUGCCAAAAUCGAAAAGAGAUAAAAAAGUAUCUCUCACAAAAACCAGCAAAAAGGGCUUACUCUUAAAACAACGAGUCAUAGAUGAUGUUAAAAAAUGUGUGGCGGAAUAUGACCACAUAUUCCUUAUCUCCAUUCAAAAUACACGCAACACCAAACUUCUUGAUCUGCGUGCAGAAUGGAAAGACAGUAGAUUUUUCUUUGGUAAACUCAGGAUAAUUGCACUGGGCCUAGGAAAUACGAGAGAAACCGAGACUGCAGACGGCAUAUAUAAACUAGCCACUGCAAUAAGAAACCAUUCAAUGAAAGGACAAUGUGGUUUAUUAUUUACUAAUAGGUCUAAGAAACAGGUAAUCAAAUGGGCAGAGCAAUACGAAGAGCUGGAAUAUGCACGCUCCGGAUUCGUGACACCUGAAACAGUAGAAUUACCCGAAGGGCCUUUACGGCAGUUCCAACACAGCAUGGAACAACAGUUGAGGCAAUUAGGUAUGCCUACAUCACUGCAAAAGGGAGUUGUCACCUUGAUUAAGCCAUACACGGUCUGCACGAAGGAUGACGUGCUAACUCCAGAGCAAGCGCAAAUUCUGAAAUUGCUGGAGAAGCCGCUAGCAAUCUUUAAGCUGCUGCUCUUGGGGGUGUACACUGAAAAACAUGGUUUUAAAAAGCUCACAGUACCAGACGACACGAAAGACGAUGAGGAGGAAAUGGAUAUGGAAACCAAUGAUAACAGAUAAAAUUUGUAAUUUAAUUUUUGAAAAAAACAGGAUGUGUAUAUAUGAUUUUAUACAUAAGUAUAAAUAUAUAUCUUGUCUACCCGUAGCUGUUUUCUUCAUGUUUACGAAACGAUUACUCGAUUACUGCUAAAAACAAUCGAAUGUUACAUGGUAACCUUACAUUUAGUUUGUUACAAUUAUUGUACAUUUCAAUCUGAUGACAUGAAAUCAUUAUCAACAUUAGUAAAAUAUUUUAAAUUUCCCUUAGAUAAGAGAUUGUCAGGUGAGGUUUUUACAUAGUUUGUGUACAUUUAUCAAUACAUUAUUGUUACAUUUAUAUUUCUUGUUCUUGUAUCAAAACAUUAUAUCUUUUCAUUAGAAAAGAUGGCGAUUUUCCAAAUAAAAUACUGUAACAAAGAUUACGAUUUAACAGAGAAACAUGAUAGAUGUAA